UAAGAAAGGGGUCAUGUGGGCUCUGAUCUCAAUGUCAUUAAUAAUCUACAUAACAUACAAAACGUUGACUUGUUAAAAUCCCGUAUGUAAGUGUUACUCUUUUUCAAUCCUAAGUUAGCAUGCUGCAGCCAGUCAAAGUAAUCGUAUCCUAGCUAAAAAGCCUGAUUGUGUGUUCUAUUUCGAAGCUUCAUUUUUUUCUGAGGUAAUAUCAACCUUCACAGAAGCAAAUGCGUAAAUCAAAUGUUAUAAAGAAUCUUAGAUCAUGGAGGACAGGCAGGUUUAUCUUUGCUUUGGGCAUGUUUGGUCUUCUAGUUUAUCUGACUAUGUUGUCUAAGUUUUAUUCUCUCAGAUCAUUGAAUUCCUUCUGCAGCUGCAAUGGCCCUGUAACUCAUUUUAGAAUUGACAGCCAUGUAAAUUCCACUCUUCACACUAUCAUCCAGAAAAUCCAACAGGAAAUUGAUACAUUGAGAGAGAUGCCAAAUAAGUCAAUGCCCGGAUCGAAAUCUGCUGUUUUUCUUGCAGAUAUUCUGGGGCUAGUUGAGUUUGUGCAGACAUCUAUGUAUGAUGUAGAAGGAAGUGGAGAAGCACAUCCUCUGAUUCAAUCAGAUGAACCUGGUGAGUACUUCUUGACAGAAGAGGUUAGGAAAUAUGUAAGAAUCAAGCCAAACAGGCUUGGGAAGCAGAACUUCAUGGGAGCCAAUGGCACAUUCACCAGCAUUGGCCAUGCUUGCUUUGCCAUGAAGGGUGAUCUGGAAGAGUACAUGGACUACGACGUUGGGGAAAUCUGCAACGACGAUUGGAAGUUAGCCCAGAAGCUGAUGGUCCAUGGAUGUGAUCCUCUACCAAGGAGGAGAUGCCUUGCCAGAGCCCCUCAGUUAUACAGUAAGCCUUAUCCCAUAAAUGAAUCCCUGUGGAGGUUGCCUGAUGAUAAAAAUGUGAGAUGGAGCCAAUACAGAUGCAAGAAUUUCACUUCCCUGGCCAGGAAUGCCACUGGGAAAGGAUUCUUUAAGUGUGCAGAUUGCUUCAAUCUUACCCAUCAUGAAAUGCCAAGAUGGGUAGUUCCUGGAUACCAAGACUUGAACUCGAACUUGACGGCUGAUAUAUUGAUCACACAAGUGCUCAACUUGAAGCCUGGAGAGAUCAGGAUUGGCCUGGACUUCAGUGUUGGCACUGGCACUUUUGCUGCUAGGAUGAGGGAGCACAAUGUGACAAUAGUUUCUGCCACAAUCAACCUCGGGGCGCCAUUCAGCGAAAUGAUUGCUCUUCGCGGGCUGGUCCCUCUUUACUUGACCAUAAACCAGCGGCUUCCCUUCUUCGACAACACCUUAGACUUGAUACACACGACCAGGUUCAUCGAUGGCUGGAUCGAUUUCGUGUUGCUGGACUUCGUGCUGUACGACUGGGACCGAGUUCUGAGGCCAGGGGGGCUGCUGUGGAUUGAUAGCUUUUUCUGUGUGGAGGAGGAUCUAAAUGAUUACUUGGAGGUGUUUAAGAUGCUCAGGUACAAGAAGCACAAGUGGAUUGUUGUGCCAAAACUGGAUAAAAAUGGAAGGGAGGUUUUCUUCUCUGCAGUCCUGGAAAAACCUCCUAGACCUUUCUGAAUUCUCAUUAUAAUUACUUUCUGCAGGUAUGCUCAACAAAUCCCAGAUGCAAUCCAACAAUAUAAUGUAACAACAAACCUUUAUACUCCUACAGAUUUUUUACUGACUUAUCUGAUGCAAAUUGGUUUAAAUUAGUUAAACUAUAUACGCAGUGACAUGAAUGUUGGGUUGACUGAUUCUUGUAGCAGUUAAUUGUUUC